GGCUGCUGUCUCUCCCAUCCCCAGGGCUCCAACGUCCCCUACCCGGGUCCGACCAACACGGGCUCCACGAGAGCUAUCAAUCCCGCGCCCGCCUCCCUCUCCCGCGAUGGCUCCCCUGCCGAGACGACGCAGACCUCCUCGGGUCGCCGUCGCCGCCACCACUCCAGCAUGCCCCUCGACAAGCACAUCAACAAGGCUCUUCGCCGCCACGUCUGGACUUCAAAGGGUCGCGCCUGGACCCGCGUCGCCUUGGACCGCGAACGAAUAGAUUUCUUCGACACCCGCGUCACCGGACGCCCAGAGGUCUGGCAGUCGCUGCGCGCCGCCCUCGAGGUCGUUUGGGACCCCGUUGGCCAGGGUGCCGCAGACGACGGCACUGGUGGUCUUGCAACAGCGCAAGGCAUCCUCGAUGCGGCAGAGAUCACUCUCCCCACGGGCGAUCUUGCUCAGGGCGCCUACGAUCAGCUGGGCAACUAUUAUCCCCUGUCUGAGUGGCUUGUCGCCGAUCCGACUAAUUUGGUUGAGGACGAUGCCACCAUAGACGGUGCCGACGAGGCGCUCUCGACGGGAGAUUUCAAGGACGACCUUGCGGGAGGAGAAGAGACCACGGAGGAGCUGGAUGAGGACGACAACAUCCGCCGGAGGGAGGAGAAGGGUAAGGCCGUUGUCGACGCCCGGGACCAGCUCUCCCUCCUAGCUCGUCUGAGCGAGACUGCGCGCGAUGUCACUGUCAGCAUCGCCAAGAGCGAUAGCGUCAGGACCGUUGCUCGCAAGAUCCAGGAGCAGUCAGGACUUGCCACCACCAAAAAGGUCCGCGUCGCCUAUAUGGGCAAGAUCCUUAAGGACAAUCUUCCACUCACCGAGCAGGGCUGGAAGGAGGGCCAUGUGGUCAACGCCCUCGUCUUCGACAGAUAG